UUGGUUGGAAUUCUUCACGGGAUAUCGCCUCUCAGCUCAACAGGCGCAAGGCGACCUUUCAGCAAAGCCAGUACUCUCUCUUUUCAUUCAUUCGUUGUUUACAUACAUUCGCUUCAUUGACUGAAGGCUCUUCUUCCCCUCUCUCUUAUCUUCUGCCAAACUUAUCCCAUUCAUUCCGCUAGACGGUGCUGUUCAGCUUCUUGCUCCAACACAGCUUUACCCACCUUUGGCUUCCACAUCCAACUCGCAAAGAUGCCUUCUCUCAGCUCCAAGACUCUCCUUUCAGCCCUCGCUGGCGCCGCCUCGGUCGCGGCUCACGGUCAUGUCAACAACAUUGUCAUCAACGGCCUCUCGUACCAGGCCUACGAUCCGACCGUCUUCCCUUACAUGGCCAGCCCUCCCGUGGUUGCUGGCUGGACUUCUGGCAACACCGACAACGGCUUCGUUGCUCCCGAUGCCUUUGCCUCGGGUGAUAUCAUCUGUCACAAGGAUGCCACAAACGCCAAGGGCCAUGCCGUUGUUGCCGCCGGUGACAAGGUCUUCAUCCAGUGGAACUCAUGGCCCGAGUCCCACAAGGGCCCCGUCCUCGACUAUCUGGCCAACUGCGGCAGCAGCGGGUGCGAGACGGUUGAUAAGACGGCCCUCGAGUUCUUCAAGAUCGACGAGGUCGGCCUGAUUGACGGCUCCAGCGCGCCGGGCACGUGGGGCUCCGAUCAGCUCAUUGCCAACAACAAUUCUUGGAUGGUCCAGAUUCCGGCCAACAUUGCUCCCGGUUUCUACGUCCUCCGCCACGAGAUCAUCGCACUGCACAGCGCCGGACAGGAGAACGGAGCCCAAAACUAUCCCGUCUGCUUCAACCUCCAGGUAACCGGCUCCGGCACCGAGUCCCCCGCCGGUGUCUUCGGCCAGUCCCUCUACACCCCGACCGACCCGGGCAUCCUCGUCAACAUCUACCAGUCGCUCUCCAGCUACACCAUCCCGGGCCCUGCCCUGAUCGACGGCGCCUCCAGCAUCGCCCAGGGCACCUCUGCCAUUACCGCCUCGGCCACCGCCAUCACUGGUUCCGCCACCGCCGCCCCUGCCCAGACCACCGCGACCAGCGCCGUUGCUACCUCGGCCGCUGCUACGUCCGCCGCCGCCACCUCCACUGUCUCUUCUUCGGUUGUGGGCGUGUCGUCGUCCGCUCCCGUCACCACCGCUGCUCCUGUCGCUUCCGCCACGACCAGCGCCGCUUCCAGCCCAACCGGCUGCCCCGGCGCGGCCAAGCGGAGGGCCCGCCGCGCCGCCCGCCGCGCCGCCCGCCGCCACGCCCGUGACCUGGGUCUCAACUAGGACAAACACGUCCCCUUCGCCCUCUUCAGUUCUUGCACAUCCUUUUUUUAAAAAGUUUCAUCAUCGUGCAGCGCGCAGCGCUACUCUGAGUCGUUCAACUCCCGCUUGGAAAGCGACGGCUUUGGUCUUGGCUGAUGGAAGAAGCUCGCUUCGAACCAUCUUCUAUUUCACUGUAUAUAUUGUAUUGGCUUUGUUGUUGCCUUCUUUGUAUCAUACUGGGUCUCCUGGGCAGGGUUGUGCAUACUAGGGUAGAGAAAUGGUAGCUGGGAAUGUAAAAAUAAAUGCAUCGUGCGAGUCAAAGUGAAGUGUUUACGAGUGUGCUGUCGUGUCACGGUAGGGAGUGGUCAG